ACAAGUCAGAACUCUUGCACCAUAUCCACCUCCAGAGUGUAACCAACAACUUGUCCGGAUAUCUCUAUUAGAAAUUGUAGACCAUAUAAUUGCAACUAAUAUUGACCUAUCGACUCUUGUAAAAAUUAAAAAACAACCCUGA